AGUCGAUUACCCCGAUUCCAGCCGAAACGAUUUGCGGAAAAUAUGGCCAUCCAUUCAGAGUAUUUGACACCUGUGUCGCAUGGUUCCGUCAGUCUGCGAUCUACCGGCAAGUCAGUUGCCUGCUCUGGACUCUUUUGGCCCUCCUAGUCCAGCGGAACCGACGACGAGUUCACCCAGCCAUCGACAUGCGUGACAAGAGCCAGGAGCCCUGUUGUCUGCCCUUGAAGGAGGAGUUCCAGCGCUCCAAGUUCUCCCUGCACCACGAUGAUCCUGGAGCCUUCUGUCGCUCGCAAUGGCAAAAGGGGGAUCGCAACUUGAUCUGGCUCCUCUACCGAUGGAUCCUGGCUGGUUUCUUCGCCGGCGGUGUCAUCGGCGGCAUGGUGGAUUCCUUCAAUGGUGGUCGUUGGUUCAUUUACCUCACGGAUUGGGGAUUUUCCCUGUGCUUUUAUUGCUGCGCUUAUGGCGCUGUAAUCGCCACCAUUUACUUCAUAAAGCCCUCCUACUUUGCUCCUGGAAGUUGGGCUUUGAAGAUCUACUGGAUUUCCCACUAUACAACUGUAGUACUGGCCUUGCUGAUUACAUUGGUGUUCUGGGCAGCUCUUUAUCCAUCUAUGCCGGGAAUGGGCGCAGAGCUGUACAAUUUGUGGGCGCACGCUUUUAACUCGAUUUGCAUGGUCUUUGACUGUUUUAUGGUUGCUUUUCCAACACGUAUCAUGCACUUCGUUUAUCCCUUCACCGCUGGCAUCACCUAUGGUAUAUUCUCAUUGAUUUACUUCUGGACUGGCGGCUCGGAUCCAAUGGGAAAUCGAUUUAUCUACUUCAUCUUGGACUGGGAGCGACCUGGUCUGGCCAUCGGAACUGUUUGUGGAAGUGUGGUCCUGGUCAGUUGCUUCUGUGUCCUAGUCUUUGGACUCUACAGAUUACGUAUCUCAUUGUAUGAGUGCUGUAGCAAAAAACCUGAGGAAAUUCCAGCUACCUCUCCUCCUCCCAAAGAACCAGCUCCAACAGUUUGAUUUAAAAUCUGUCAGUUUUCGUGGGACUCCAAAAAAUUAAAUGGUGAAUUUUAAGAUACGAUUUAACCACCCUAUCAAGAUCAAAGAACUAGAAUUUAUUUCCAGCAAAAAAUAUUUUUUUUGCAGUAGUUGAACGAAAUAUUAAAUAGAAGUGUACUUUAAUUCUUUAAAGCUCAAUUUAAAAUGUUUUUUUAC